CGUAUCAUGACUAGUUCAGGAGUCCUCAAACCGAUUGAUGACGAGACUGCACACAGUGGCCGACAUAGGGAUCUUGCCGGAGUUCGUGAUGAAAUGAAGAAGGCCGAAAACGAUGCGCGUACCAGCAAGAAGAAGUUGGAGGUACAAAUAACUGACUGCGCAAACGAGAACAAUGCACUCCGACGCCUUUAA